AUGGCAGGGUUGUUUGACAAGCAGGCAGCUAUAUAUUUAGAUGCAAGGCCAAGAUAUCCAAGCAGAUGGUUCUCAAUGCUGGCUGCUCUCACCCCCAACCACUCUUUGGCCUGGGACGUUGGCACUGGCAAUGGUCAAGCUGCUAUUGGUGUUGCUAAGCAUUACAAGCAAGUGAUCGCAACUGAUAUAAGUGAAGAACAGUUAAAGCAAGCCAUACCACAUUCCCAAGUUCAAUAUCUGCACACCCCAUUGUCAAUGUCUGAUGAGGAGAUAGUGGACUUAAUUGGGGGUGAAAAUUCUGUUGAUUUAGUCACUGUGGCUGCAGCUUUGCAUUGGUUUGAUCUUGAAAAGUUCUAUCCUAUUGUCAAGCGUGUUCUAAGAAAGCCAGGAGGUGUACUUGCAGUUUGGGGCUAUAACAUCAACAUCAUCCAAGUUAGCCCAGAAGUUGAUCCUCUCUUGAACAACUUGUUUGAGAAAACUUAUCCUUUUCAAAACCCAAAUCGCAUGUACGCAAUUGAUGCUUACAAGACACUUCCAUUUCCAUUCGAAAGUGUAGGAGUAGGGUGCGAGGGGCAGUCAAUGGAGUUAAACAUGCCACAGGAGAUGUCAUUUGAGGGACUUUUGAAGCUGUUAAGGUCAUUUUCACCCGUCAUUACAGCUAAGGGAGAAGGUGUGGAUUUAUUGUGUGAAGAAGUUGUCAAGGAACUCGAGAGGGCUUGGGGUGGGAAUGAUCUGACUAGAACAGUCAACUACAGAUCAUAUAUGCUUGCAGGAAAAGUGAAGCUGUAA